AUGGCUUACCAUCAUCCUACACGUUAUGAAACAGAUCAACCAUAUAAUCCGUCAGCACCACCAAUGAUGUACCCAGAACCGGUUACUAUUCAUCCAGCACAGAAAGGUUUUAGUUCACGUAGUGGUCAAAUAAAUGAAACACAAAUGGGUCUUCUACCAAAACCGCCACCAAGAGCCGAUCGGCCACCACCAAGAUCCGAUCAGCCACCACCAAGAUCCGAUCGUCCAAUAACGAGACAAUCACUUGAACAAGCAAUCAGUGAAGGACUUAGAAGGGGGGAUAUUGAAGGCGAUGGUGGUCCAUCAAUACAUGCUCAUAGUGAGUUGGAAUGUGGUUGUAAUUAUAAUCUAUAUGCCACAAAAAAGACAAUUGGACAUGGAAUGUUAGAAUUUGCUUUAUUAACAUCGAAUGCAAUGCAAUUACGAACGUUGAUAAUUCAAAAACAUCGUAAUGUUCUAUGGACUGUUUCAAUAAUCUUAGUUUGUGUUUCAAUAUUAUUACAAAUUGGACUGGGUUUUUUACUCGUAUUGAUUGGUAAAGGCGAUAUACGAAAUCCCUCCAAACAAACAAAAUUAGAACGUCUCAAUAAUUUAUCACUAUUUCUUAUUUUAUUAAUAUCGAUAUGUAACAUCGUUAUUAAUGUUUUCAUGACCACAACAAAUCUGUCUGUCUAA